AUGGGCUUGGACUUUAAAAUAAAGUUGGCAAAUACCUUUGCUACUAUUUUCUUGAUUAGCUCUCAGGGAUUCAGUUUUUCUGGCUGGUUCCUGGGUCAUUCUUAUGACUUUGGUCCUCGAGACUUUGUGAUUCUUUUGGCUGGAAUACUUCACUUUUUAUUGAUUGGUUUUACUAUUUACCAGUUCUUACCAAGUUCACCCAAAGACGUGUAUGAGGCUAUUAGCUAUUGGUAUUUACUUACCGCUGUCUUGAACGGCAUCGUUUCUUUCCUUUGGUACGCUCACCUUAAUUUCUUUGCAUUUGUUGGUCUUUUGUGGCAAUUGGCAACCCUUGUAUUUAUCUAUCACCGUUUUAAUGAUUACCCACCACGCAAUAGCACUGAUCAUAUAUUUAUCAAUUCACCCUUCUCUAUUUAUACUGCCUAUUCCUUCUUUAUCGUUCUCUGGCAAGUAUUCCAGUUUAGUGACCAUACAAAGCAUAGUCAACUUGCACACACCUUUAUCAUCAUCGUCAUCGGUUUUGUUGCCCUUCAUUUGGUUGAUUAUUCUCAUCGAAAGGAUUGGGUCUAUUCAUUAACAACUGCUUGGAUACUUUUAGGAGCAGCUGUGUUCCUUAGUGACGCUCCACAUACAGCGUCAUUAAUUGUCGUUGGUAUCCUGUUGAGCGCUGUUGCAAGAACAUUAAUUCCAAACUGGUUGGAAAGAAUCAACAGAAGAUUUAGCCGCUGGGCCAACAGAAUAGGAGAAAGAACACCAUUGCUUUCUUAA